UUCCUCGCCAGAAAUACACAAUGAAGCCCGCACGCUUCACCCCCGCCCUCCUGCCGUCCCUCUAGCGACGUUCCCGGUGACGGGAAUUCAUGGCCAUAUCGCAAAGCCUCAUGCUUGUUGAAUGCGCGUCCCCGCAGCCGGUCCAUUGCCGCUGCCGAUAGCCCCUUAGCACAAGGCUCCAUAGUCGCUCCUUACGACCAGGCUGAUAAAGAUAAGAGAAACGCGCUGUGAGAAUCUCACUGAAAUGCUGCAAUUACGGAUGACGAAAAGAGAGCGGGAAUUGAUGGCAGUUCGGCGAAAAAGGACCAGGAUGGCCGACUUCCCUUAUCAACCGCGUGCCUCGCUCCCCACAUUGAUCCCGCGCCAACUUCUCGGGUGCUUCGCGUUUUUCCUCCUGCUAAUCGCGUCUGUCGAGGCUGUCUAUACCGGGGACAAGUUCGCGACGAUCCAGGCGAGCGGAGUGGCGCGCAAGACCCGCAGGCCCGACAUUGUGGUGGCACUAGACGGUACAGGCGACUAUAAAACCGUGCAGGAGGCGCUCGAUAACGCGUCGUCUGGACGGCGGGGCCGAUUCACCAUCAUUUACAUAAAGGCGGGAGUGUAUAACGAGACCCCAACUACGCCCAAGACGCUGCACCACGUGGCGCUGGUGGGCGAGAAGGGCAGCGGUGGCGGCGGCGGCAGCGGCGUGACGAUAACGGCGGCGCACUACGCGGGCGAGGAGGGCACGGAGGUGGCGAUGAACACGGAGACGAGCAGCACGUUCAAGCUCUGGGCCACGGACUUCCUUGUGCAGCACAUCACCUUCGAAAACAGCCACGGCCCGGGCGUCAAGGGCGGCAAGGAGGAUCAAGCGGUGGCGCUAAUGGUGAAGGGCACUCGCAUCCAGUUCUACGAAUGCACCUUCAUUGGAUACCAGGACACUCUGUACGCGCACAGCGGACUGCAGUACUACAAGAACUGCGUCAUCCAGGGGCGCAUGGACUUCGUGUUCGGCAAUGCCAAGGCGGUGUUCGACGACUGCACCUUCCGCCUCGUCUACUGGGGCGGAGCGUAUUUCGCGCAGGCGCGGGACGCGGGGGAGGAAACGGGGUUCGUCAUCCGCGGGGGGAUCCUCACCCCGUACGGCAGCAAAGGGCCCAUCCGCCCGGGUUACCUCGCGCGCUCCUGGGGGGAUCGCUCCACGGUCGUUUUCGCGAACACGUUUUUCGCCAAGGACGCCGUUCGCGAGGAGGGGUGGGGUUUCGUGAGCGGUUACAACAAAACGGAGGGGCUGAAUUUCGGAGUCUACAAUUGCAGAGGUCCCGGGUUCAACACCUCGGGGUGGCGAGAUUUUGCGAAAAUUAUGACACCAGCGGAAAUCCGACCCUACCUGGCGAAUAAGUACAUCAACGACAUCGGAUGGAUUGCGGAUCCGGGGAUCCUGCUGGGGGGGGUGGGGGAGGAGCUGAGUGCGCGCACGGUGAGCGCCAUGUGGGGCGCGGGGAACUCGAGGCAGAACAAGAAGAAGGGGAAGAAGCGGGGGAGCCGAGGUGCUGGUGGCAGCCAUGGCAGCGGUGGCAGCAGUGAGAAGAAACCAAGAAAGUCCCCUUCUCCUUCCCCUGCGCACUCUCCUUCCACGCCUUCCUCCCCCUCCCCGCAUCCGCCGUCCCCUUCCCCAUCACCCAACCCUCUGCCAAAGAAACCGGUCACAUCAGUCCCAGCACCUACCAAACCUGCACCCAAACCCGCACCCAAACCUGCACCCAAACCUGCACCCAAACCUGCACCCAAACCUGCACCCAAACCUGCACCCAAACCUGCACCCAAACCUGCACCCAAACCUGCAACAAGGCCAGCAUCUCCCGUCCCCAAAACUCCCGUCCCCAAAACUCCCAUCCCCAAAACUCCCGUCCCCAAAACUCCCGUCCCCAAAACUCCCGUCCCCAAAACUCCCGUCCCCAAAACUCCCGUCCCCAAAACCCCGGUUACUUCAGUUCCCAAAGCCCCGGUUGCGCCAAAGCCCAAAACCCCUGCGGUGCCCGCACAGCCUAAGAGACCGGUGGUGCUGCCUCCCAAGAAGACUCCCCCUGCUGCUGUGGUGCCUCCUAAGCCUGCUACUCCCGCUCCCAAGGUCCCUGUACCAAAGGUGCCUGUAACAAAGCCUCCUGUUCCCAAGGUGCCUGUAGCCAAUUCUCCUGUAAUGAGGCCGCCUGUAACGAAGGUGCCUGUAACGAGGCCGCCUGUAACGAAGGUGCCUGUAACGAGGCCUCCUGUAACCAAGGUGCCUGUAAGCAGUCCUGGGGGGAUACCCAGGUCCCCGGUAGGUAAGCCCCUGCCUGUGCCUGCCAAAACCCCUGGCACAUCUCCCACUGCUCCAGCCGCCCCCAUCCCUGCCAGACCGCUUCCCAAGGUUGUUCCCAGGCCUGUCACCAGGCCAGUCACCAGGCCUGUCACCAGGCCAGUCACCAGGCCUGUCACCAGGCCAGUCACCAGGCCUGUCACCAGGCCAGUCACCAGGCCUGUCACCAGGCCAGUCACCAGGACUGUCACCCGGCCAGUCACCAGACCUGUCACCACGCCUGUCACCAGACCUGUCACCAAGCCUGUUACCCGACCCCUAACCCAGCCCAAGGUGCCUGCCCCUGCAGCUGUCCCCACCCCCAAGCGCCCACUUGUAACCCCUCCGCCAGGCACCACCACCACCCCUGUCACUGGAGGUCUUCCCACCACCACCAGGCGGCCUGUUGCUGCCGUGCCCGUGCCUAAGAGGCCCGUUGCUGUUGUGCCGCAGAAACCUGCUGCUGCUGUGCCGGUGGCUAAGAGGCCCGUUGCUGUUGUGCCCAAGAAACCUGCUGCUGCUGUGCCGGUGCCCAAGAGGCCUGUUGCUGUUGUGCCGCAGAAACCUGCUGCUGCUCUUCCCCGAAGGCCCGUUGCUGUUGCGCCCCAGAGGCCUGCUGCUGCUGUGCCAGCGGUUUCCAGAAAGCCUGCUGCUGCUUUACCACUGAGGAGGCGGCCUGUGGCGGUGGUGGUCCCUGCUAGACCGACACGACCCGUAGUCACCCCGGUGCCUAAAUCCCCUGCCGCUGCCACCGUGCCAGCAGCACCUGCAGCAGCUGCAGCAGCUGUGGUACCAACCCCUGGUGCUGGAGGAAGGGCUGUUGUUGCUGCAGCAAAGACGGCGGCUGGUGAUAGGAGGACGGCGACUGGUGCAGAGGUGCUAAGAAGGAGCGGAGGGGCAUCUCGGAACGGGGCGGCGUUGAACAACCAGCAGCAGCUGCAGGCGUGGGAGAUGCGGCAGCGGCGCUGGCGGCGCCAGCAGAACCGCCAGCAGAACCGUCAGCAGCAGCAGCAGUGGCAGAAGCGGAAGGGUCAGCAGCAGGCGAGUGCAGCAGCUGCAGCAGGCGGAGGAGGAGGAAGGAUAGGGGGAGGCCUGGCAGGUGCUGCUGGUGCUGGCACCUCUGCGGGUGAGGCUGGUUACGGGGCGAGCAGAGCAGUGUUAGUAUCAGGUAAGACCGCAGUGAGAGGAGGACGGGGAAUGAGCCCCGGGUGGCGAAAGUUUCUAAGGAAAUGGGCGAGAAUAGCAGUCUGAGAGAGAGAGAGGCUGCAGGCUGCAAUCGUGCGUUGACGCCCUAAGGGUGUGCACACCGACGUCCACGUGGGAAGGAAGGGGGAAUUGGAAUCGGAUGGUAAAGAGAAAAAUGGGUCAUACUACAAGGGAGGUGCACACACCGACGUACCGGUACCAUCGGGAAUGUGCAUGCUGUUCUAAGAGGAUUGGAUUGUAAUAAUUUGACAGGUGUUGCAGGAGACUAAGUAUAGAAUCUGCAAACACGAACACUUGGAAAACCUCAAGUGUUAGCCUAGGAUCUUUACUGGAAUAGUAGACUAGUAAGACAGCGGAAGUCUUGUAAAAGUGAACCUGAGUAUAUAAU